GCAAGAGAAAAAAACAAGGGGUCGCCCAUGCCAUGAUGAGCCCGGAUGGAAUCGUCGAACGCUUUCCAAGUUCAGGGAGGCAGGCGAAGCCGCGAAGGAAACAGAGGGCCAAUAAGGGGUGAGGAGACACAGAAACGUGCGCACAAUUAAUAAGAAAUUUAUCCCUCCUGCCGACUGCCGUGUGCCGACGAGCUCCGAGCUCGCGAGAGAGAGAGAGAGAGAGAGAGUAUGCAGCAGGAUCAGACGACGAGCUCGCUGCCCUCCAGCAGCGAGUGCUCCUCGAGCUCGGCGCCGCAGACGGAGGAGGCCAGAGAAGGGAUGGAGAGCGACGAGGAGAUCGGGCGGGUGCCGGAGGUCGGGCUGGAGCUGGCCGGCCCGUCGACGUCCGGCAGGGAGACCGCCGCGGGCGCCGGGGCCGGGACGUCGUCCGAGGCCCAGGCGGCCAGCGCCGCCGCCGCCCGCCGCCGCGUCCGCAGCCCGGCCGACAAGGAGCACCGCCGCCUCAAGAGGUUGCUCCGGAACCGGGUGUCGGCGCAGCAGGCGCGGGAGAGGAAGAAGGCGUACCUGAGCGAGCUGGAGGUGAGGGUGAAGGACCUGGAGAAGCGGAACUCGGAGCUGGAGGAGAGGCUCUCCACGCUGCAGAACGAGAACCAGAUGCUCAGACAGAUCCUGAAGAACACCACUGUCAAUAGAAGAGGGCCGGGUGGCGGUAGCAGCGCCGGCGGAGACAGCCAAUAGCUGCCCUCUGCAUGCAAGACCGGGAGGAAAUGGUUGCGUUUGGAUUUGGAGCAGGAAGCAGCUAGCAGCAGCAGGGAACUACCUCCUGAUGAUAGCCCGUUCACCUGGCUGAUCAAGCUUGUUGUUUAGGUGAAAAAUCUUCUGUCAUGCAGGGACCGUGCUGCAUCUGCAGGUGUUCAGCCCGGCUCUGGAACUUCUCUAGGUGUAUGUAACAGUGUCCUGUAUGGCCGCCUUUGCCAACAUGUAGUAUUUCAUCCCGUCCGUGUACAUGUAGACUGUACGUAAGAGAUCGAUGGCGUGGACGCAGCGCUGUUGCAAAUGUAAUGAGGUUUGUUUAAGAAGCGCUGUCUAAUUUGUUAAUGCCCGUGCCGUCUGUAAAAACCAUGAGAAUUUGUGUUCAUACCCGUGAUCAGUUUCGAUCAUGGCGGAACACUGCUGCUAUGAAACAGUUCUACAUUUUUUCCCCA